AUGCUCAACGGUGCGUACAGCGGGAGACGUGAGCAUUACCUCGACCUCUUUGCAGACGAGGAAGCACAAAGAGGCCAGUAUAAGGAGAAGAUGCGCUGUUUUCUUACGCUGGAAGAGGUGGUCGAGCGUCUGCGCGAGCAACCCAGCAUUCAUGAGUAUAUCACGUCCAUCGAGGAGUUCGAGGAACCCAUUGGGCCCCUCAGCGUACUGAACGUGUUCGCUAAGUCACGUUGUUUUGUUAUUCUCCAAACAGCCUCGUACUGGUGGUCUCUUGAGAGGCGAGAUGAUGUCAUCGUGGUGCAGCGCUCUCAGAACUUCAGCAGUGUCCACAGCAGAUGCAAAGGUGCAUACCGAAACUAUCGCUGGCUGAUCGAGUCAGCACCAAGUGCGCGGCGGUUUAUGCGGUGUCACAGUGGCCCAAAGCUCUCCGAAGUGUUUAGUGCCAUGUUGCGAGAUCACGUCUUCGACCCAAAAGACUGCGCUUCUUCACCUUGGGAGUUCUCUGAUUAUGUUUUUCACCUCUGCCUGUAUGACGGAAACUCUCGCCUCAUGUACAGUGAGGGGAGCUGA